UCAGCAUCACUGUAUUUUCUGUCUUGUUUUUUUUUCUUGGAUAUUAUUAUUAUUUAUUUUUCUCUCCGAAUCUCAAUGGUAAAUUCAACAAUCGAGCUUCCAGAUUCAAGUUCUACUAUACAAUUUGAAAAGGAUCAUGACGUGAUUGAGCGAUUGUGUGCACAUCUCGCUGCCAAACCAAAAGAGUUGCGAAAUCGCCCAUUCACUUUACAAAACGACACCUGGACAAGUUGGACAGUACGCGAAAGUGUGUACAAACGCAAUCAAGGAAGCUUUCCUAUCAUGGCCCGAGGUCUGUUUACUCUGAAACGGGAUGAGCGUCAUUGCAUCGUUGCCCGAGGAUAUGACAAGUUUUUCAAUGUAAACGAGACAAAGUACACUCAAUGGACUGCAUUAGAAAAAGAGACACAGGGUCCAUAUGAGAUUACAACCAAGGAAAAUGGAUGCAUUAUCUUUAUUGCUGCCCUGUCAUCCCAAACAGUAAUUGUCACCUCAAAACACUCGAUUCCAGAACCAAAGGACAACCCUCAGUCUCAUGGGGGUGUAGGAUAUCGAUGGUUGCAAAAGCAUCUUCAAUCUGCUCAGGCAUCAGAAGAAGAUCUUGCUUCUUGGCUUUGGUCCAAUUCAAUCACACUAGUUGCAGAGUUAUGUGAUGAUGAUUUUGAGGAACACAUCUUAGAAUACCCUCCUCACAAAAGAGGUCUUUACUUGCACGGCGCGAAUUACAACACAGCCCAACUUCACACCUUGCCAAGUCAACUCGUACACCAGAUUGCAACCACGUUUGGGUUGUGGCCGGUCAGCUUUACGACCCUUGACACGAUUGCUCAAGUUAAGGAGCUGGCUAGCAAAGUACAACUCACAGGCAAAAUGGAUGGUCGAGAAGUAGAAGGCAUAGUGGUUCGCUGCCAACGCCAAGACCAGGAUUUUCUGUUCAAAGUCAAAAGUGAACCAUACCUUGUCUUUCGCGACUACCGAGAGGUCACCAAAUCUGUACUAGAAAAUCCUGAUGCAGCCCCAAAAUAUACAUAUCCAAAGGCUUACUACUAUUGGCGGUGGAUACAACAUCGCCUCAAAGACCAUCCAGAAUGGUUUGAAAAAUAUACUUUGUCCAAAGGCAUUAUUGAUGUCCGUCAAAAGUUUGAAGCAUAUUGGGAAAAGGGUGAUUUGACAUUACCAGAUAUAUAGAAAUAAAUUAUUAGUAUUAUUAUUAUUAUUAUC